AUUUCCUUAAAUAGUGCCAGAGGAAAGAGGAUGGAACCAGAAAAUAGUGCCAAGGAAACAGUCCUCAUUACUGGAGGAGGUGGUUAUUUUGGCUUCCGUUUAGGUUGUGCCAUAUACCAAAAGGGAGUUGAUGUGAUUCUCUUUGAUGUCGUGAAGCCACUUCAAACCGUGCCAGAGGGAAUAAAGUUCAUGCAAGGGGAUGUCUGUUGCCUGUCUGAAGUGGAAGAGGCUCUUAGAGAUGUAAUCUGUGUAUUCCAUAUCGCUUCCUAUGGAAUGUCUGGCAGGGAGCAGCUGAACCGAAAACUUAUAGAAAAUGUUAAUGUGAAAGGAACAGAAAAUGUCAUCCAAGCCUGCAAGAGCACAGGAGUGUCAAGUCUGGUUUAUACAAGUACAUAUAAUGUGAUAUUUGGAGGCCAGAUUAUAGAAAAUGGGGACGAAUCUCUGCCUUACCUACCUCUUCACCUUCAUCCAGAUCACUACUCCCGGACCAAAUCUUUAGCUGAAAUGAAGGUGCUGGAGGCAAACGGUGCUGAGCUUGGAAAUGGGAAAGGUGUAUUAAGGACUUGUGCUCUCCGACCUGCAGGUAUCUAUGGGCCUGGAGAGCAAAGACAUCUUCCAAGAAUAGUUAGUUACAUCGAAAGGGGACUGUUUAAGUUUGUAUAUGGAGAUCCUUUUAGUUUAGUAGAAUUUGUACAUGUAGACAAUCUCGUUCAGGCUCAUAUCCUUGCAUCUGAGGCCCUCACAGCCAACAAAAAGCACAUAGCUGCAGGCCAAGCCUAUUUUAUUUCAGAUGGAAGGCCUGUAAAUAACUUUGAAUUUUUCCGACCAUUAGUGGAAGGUUUAGGUUACAAGUUCCCAACCUGUCGUCUUCCUCUCUCCCUUGUCUAUUUUUUUGCAUUCCUUACUGAAGUAGUUCACUUUCUUGUGGGACAUGUUUAUAAUUUUCAGCCUCUCCUCACUCGCACAGAGGUUUACAAAACUGGCGUCACGCAUUAUUUUAGUAUGAAGAAGGCCAGAAAAGAGCUGGGGUACGAGCCUCAGCAGUACAGCCUGAAUGAAGUGGUUGAGUGGUUUAGAGCUCAGGGAUGUGGACCAAAGCCCAGAAAGUACACCAUUAUGCAUCUUGUAAGGGAUGGAGGAUUGCUGUUGUUGCUGAUCGCUGUGACAGUCUCGUGGCUUCCAUCCGCAGUUACAUUUUCACUCUGAAAAAUGAAACACUGAAUUUGGAGGACAGAAUUUAGUUGGGUUCUAUGAGUACUCUUGGUUUUGACAGACAGGUAACAUAAAAAAACCCCAAGAAAAUACGUAUUUGUGUCCUGCAGGUAAAUACCUUUAACACUUCUAUCCCUGAGGAAUGGAAAUGCUGAGUAAAGGUGUGAUUUUUAUACAUAGUUCCUCUUCAAUGUAAAGUUGAUCAGAACACUAACAAGAUGAAGCUCAGAAUUACUGCAAACAGCAUUUUAUUUUCAGGUACAACAGCACACUACAGUGUACAUGUACAAAUGUCCUUAGACUGACCCUUCUUCCUCCCUGAUGGGAUUAUACACUCUUGAUCCCUGCCCUUUAUUCCCAAAAAGUUUGUGCUACAUGAUCCGGAGGAGAAUAAACUUAUUCUUUGAUCGCAUUCCAAAACCAAAUUCUGCUUUCCAGACUGGAUGUAUAUAUGCCUAACCACGAUUAACUGAUAAACUGCUAGAAAUAAAUAAAUGUGCUUUUUUUUUUUUUUUUAAUGAAUACAUUCUGGUAUGCUUUUCUGAGUCAACUCUGUGAUAUCUAAUGACAUUUCUGGAAAAUGCACAAUGGUUAAUCUAAGUUAUAGCAAAGUGCUUGAAGCAGCACAGAUUUGUAGAUUUUUAUAACAGUAAAAUAUGCGUCUUUAAAAUGAAUGAGCUAGCUAAAGUGCAUUCAUAAAUAAGACCUAUGAUUUUUCCCAGCAUUAUUGAGUGGUUAAACAAAUAAUCCGUCAAAGACAUUUGCUAAGUGAUCAUAUUCAUGUUCCACUGUUUAUAAAACAUUUUUAGUCUUUAAUAAUAUUUAACACCUGACACCAUUUGAAUAGAACUUCACCUCUGUAGUACAAUGAUAAACACUUGAUACAACGAAACUCAUAAUUUUGUGGAUUUUUAAGAACAAAAAGUAAGACCUUGUUAAGUACAGGUCACUGCUGUCUCUAGCAACUCCCUCAUCUCUGUCAGUUUAAUACAGGAAGAGAUACUGAGAAACUUCACAUCAAAAUGUUAAAUGACAAAAUUGUUUUCCCUUAACCCAUCAGUAUUACACUUUCAGUACUUCUUGAUGAAAGGACAGUCCUUCAGAAAGUUCACACUUCUCUUUAAACUUUAGUCUUUCCAUUUUAAUAGCUGAAACUACACUCAUCUAAAUUUUGUGUAAGUUCCAAUUACUUCAGUUCUGUUAAAUUACUGUGAUUUAAAGUGAGGAAGUGAAAAGGAAGACACAGACAGUAGUUCUACUGUGUUGUUAAAGGAUUCUCAGAAAACCAAAAUGCCUAAAUAGUGAAACCAUGCUAAAAGUCCACUGCCACCCGUGUUUAGAAGAUGGAGAUUUUUGUAGUAACCAAUGACUGAAAACAGCAUUAUUUUUUUUAUGUUCUUUUCCUGAGUUAACCUUUUAAAACAAAACAAAACAAAACAAAACAACCCACAACUAUUGAUAACUGCAUGUUUUGUUUUGCUUGAAGUCUGACUUUCCUCUUCCUUCAUUCCUCUAUCGGUGUGUAUACCAUGAAAGAAACUGAAUGUAAUACUUAACUUGAGGGACAGCUCAAGAGAGAACAUUUUCCCCCCCCCCCCCAUAAUAGCGAUAAAUUGAGGGGGCCUGGGGCAGCGGUGUUUGUGUAGCAGUCUUGCACUCCUUUAUAAAGGGCCUGUGUGCCCCCAACUGACUGCUGAUGGCAGAAGGGCCACUUUCCAGAAAACAUUAAUAUACAUCAUCAUAGUCUGCAGAAAGAAGAAACUUUUUUUAAAAAAUAAAAAAAAAAAAAGACAGUCAUGACCUCAUGAAAGCAUUGGACUGCUGUCCUCUUUCCAACAGGCCCUGUUUUUUCAAGGAAAAACUACUGAGUUAUUUUCCCCUUUUAAGUUCUCUGGUUUUGACAUAAUGUUAUCAGAAACAGAUGAAUAAAUUUUAAUGUCAGCAGAAGCAACUGACAAAACCAAAAUGUACAAGAAAUUGCACAAGCCUGUUACACAGAACUAUAGUAUGAGUAUUUCAUGCUGAGUCUUUUAAAAAGAUCUUUUUAAGAUAUGGAACAUAGCUCCUGUGCACCAGAGGAAUUUCUUCUGCUAUUUCUGAUCUUUUUAUUAGCAAGACUCAGUUACUGCCAAUUCAUAAUUAUCUCCAUGGUGGGCUUGGUGGGAAAAUCCAUGAAAGGGUGCCUAAACUCAUGAAGCCUAACUCCACACUGUUAAUACAGGCUGAGGUUAAAGCCCUGGAUAGCUUUUUAGGUACAACAGAAGAGGAAGCUCCUGAGAAGAUUGAAAAAAAACCCACAAACCCAUGAAUAUCAGAACUGCAGAAGCUGAGCUCAACACAUGAACCUUCUCAUCUGUCUGGAGUCAAGGACAGAACUUUUCACUGAUAACAGAAUAGGAGGCAUUAUUUUGUCUUAACAGCCCAUGACUUCUGCUUCAGCACAGGGUACUAAAUCAGGUACUCGUCAGGAGAAAUAGGCAGCGGCUCGGCAACAGCUACCCUGGACCUCACCACCAGUGUACUAGUCUAUUCAUUAAUUCCCUGUCAUUCAGCUUCAUCUAGGAAAAAAAAGCAAAGUCCUGACUACAGAAGAGGUGAAGGAUACUUCUUCUCUUUCCAAAAUGAAAACAGGAAAUCUGUGGCUUAUGGAGAUACUUUACAAUUGCUAAAAAAUUACAUAUGUAUAAAGCCAGUCACAGCUGCUCUGUUUUAACUAUUUUACAAUGAGAAUGCUCUCUGCUUCUUGCUGGUUUUUAUUUGUUAUUACUACCUCUGCAUGAAUCUCUGAGUAAAUUAAUGUUAUCUUUGGUACAUAGCUAAUGCCAUCUCACCACUUCUAGAAGGUUAGUUUGAGAACUGCAAAACAAAAAAAAGUAUUUGCAACUGAGAAACUUGCAGUGAGGUGGAAAAAAGUGAGAACAUAGGCAACGAAACACCUAAACGAAGCAAUUUUUUUGGCUUCAGAACUCAUGCAUACCAAUAGUCAUAAAUUAAAAGGUGAUAAAGACCAUUUGGCUCAACUAAUGACCCUUCACAAGACCUAGGCUGCAGAUACCUCAUAUUGAUUCCUGCUCAAUAUGUAUAUAAUUUUUAUCAUAAGACAGAAAAAAUUUUGUUCCCAAGACUCCCAACAAUGAAAAAAAAAAUCACAACAUAAAGACAGCACUCAUACACCCAGCAGCAGUUCUGCCUAUGCAAUUAAGGUGACUUUACCGACAGAAAUAACACUGAUAUAAUUUUAUGGUGAACAUCUAGAUUACUGUGCUUCCAAAUUGCUACAAACUCACCUUUGCCUUGUUCAGACUUUAUUGUUGGAGUUGAUCCAAAUCUGAUGCUCACUAGGGCUGAGGUUUAUACCUACCUAUCACUGGAAAAGGUCGGUUAGGAGUUGCAAGUUAAACAUGAUCUUUGACCUUUUCCUUCUGCCCUGCUUGUUUGCAGCCAGAUGAAGUGCAACAAUAACCAUGUCUAUAGUAACAAUAAGUCAGUUCAUCUUAAAAACACAGAAAUGCCCUUCCCCCAGCCUGUAGCAGAACACACCAUGAUACACCAGGAGGCCACUUUUCCAUAAGAUCUCACUCAUAUUGCCUCAAAUGAUUGGCAGAGUUCAUGAAAUUAAAUAAGCAAUGCUUAGACAAAGAAGCAUGCAUUUGGCAUCAUUCACAUCACUGCUGAGAUAUCAAAAAUUAUUUAUUAAAAAAUAAGUUAUUUUAAGGAUUUAAAGCAGUUUCUAUAAGAAUAUAACAAUUUUACAGAUACUGUUAACUUCAAAAAACUUAUAAAUGUUUUUCCUCCUAGAUUAUAAAAUUAGCAUAUUCUUUCAAACCUACUUUCAUAUUAAAACAGUUGCAACUGUGAAAAAGUUGCUAAAGUCUGCCCUGACAAGUAAUCAAGAGGUGAGGUUUUGGUAUUAAAACACAAAUGCAAGAAAUAAGAGAAGAGUUAAUAUAUAGCCUUGCCUAUCAAUUGCAAGACAACAAAACAAUCAAACGUAUUUUCCUUCUGUGUAACAUUUUACUCUGGGGAAAAGUCUUAAUGUAAAAUGAAAUGCAUUUUCAUAAAUAGUGAAGGAGUGCCUCAUAACUUUUGACAUCAUAUAUGUGUGGAGAAUGUGCAAAGGACUUUUCAAAGGACUAUAAAAUGUGCUAAUUCUUAAAUAUUUGCCCAGCAGCAGCACAAGGAACUCCUGUGUUCAUCACACAAUGGCUGUCCUGUGUCAGGAAUAUACACAUCAACAAAAGAAGCCAGGACAAACAGGCAAUUUGGCUAUGUCUGCUCUAGAACUGAGCUUAAA